AUGAAAUUUAUCGCUGAUGAUGACCCGGUUAUUCAGAGUUCAAUUGAAGAAGCUUUUGAAGUACCAAUUCCUAAUAUGGGAUUUAAUUUUCUGUCUCAAUAUCAAUUCAAAAUAGAUUGCACGUAUUUAACCUUAGAUGAAAAACAACAUUUGUGUAAUGAUACAGUAAUUCAACCAAAAUAUUUGGAAUAUAAUGGACAUCCUGGUUCUUAUGGAUAUUUUAUGAAUAAAAAUAAUUUAAAUUUUACAAAAUUAACGGGUCCAAAUGGUCCAAAUGCAAAUGCAAUAACGGGCAUUUUAAUAACUAUCUCCUCUCCUAUGAUUUCAACUGAUAAUCUUUUUGAUAUGUCGACGAUACAAUUUUUUGCUAUCGAUACUGAAAAAAGUCCAAUAGAUCUUGAAAAAUUCGUCAUUACAAAUGACACAGCGUUUAGUGAAUUACCUAGAUAUGUUGGUGAAUCAAUUACAGAUAAUUCAUUUAUCUUGCCUAACAAACAGCAAUUGAAUGUAAGAUUGAAUAGGCGUAUAAGAAAAACGAUUCAUUCAAAAUUCACAGGUACUCUUGGAAUUAAUCCAUCUUAUGAUGUGCAACCUUAUCUUCGAUCCAAUUUACAGAGCAUGCCUUUUCCACCGGAAGUUAACAUACCCGCCGGAAUGUUUUUAGGUCAAAUUAUCUUUACUUUCCAAAAUUUCCUUGUAACAGUGGAGACUGAACAAAGUCUGGCUGCGGCAUUAUAUGCUUCUCUAUUCGGUGUAGAUAUGAUUCGUCCUUGGGGUUGUGUACAACUGUAUUGUUGUAAUUUAAGUAGAUUUCAUAAUAAACUUAAACAGACACUUCCAACAAUUCCAUUGGUCGAUCCUUCUCCCUCUCAAGAUGUCAAAGUAUUACAAGAUCGUUUAAGUGCCCUUGAAAUUUUUCUAAAAGAAUAUGUUAUAGAUGUAAAACAUUUGGAAAAUAUAAAGAAAAUUGGAGAUGACUAUAAAGGAUUGCCACCUAUUCCUAAUAUUAUACCAAUGAAUCGAAAUCAAAGAGAAUUGCCACCCAUUCCUAAUCAAUCUUCUGUAUAUUACUCACAACCUUCAUCCAACAUACCAGAAUUUACUAUUGGUAAUACUUUUUCAGCAUCAUCUAGUCAAUAUCAUGGAUCAUCUGUUGUUAAUCCGGGAACCCAAGCAAAUUAUUAA